AUGAGAACGCUUACGUUCAUAGGCUGUUUGAUGCUUUUGCUAUUUUUACUGAUGUUCAUUAGCAUCGUGUCAUCGGCCCCUUCCUAUGAACAUGUUGCCCUUCAAGCUGCUGACCAAUGCGAUUGGAUUGGAAGCGGAGGUGGAGGCCGUGGUGUUCGACCAGUGUAUCUACGAUGCUCCAGAGGAACGAUACUUUGGCGGUAUCCGCGCGGAGCUUUACGCAUUGUUCUCUCACCCCCUGUUUUGGCUGGGCUCGUAUCGAAAGUUAAUUACGAGUUGAAUCAAGGAAAGCACAACGUCUACGAAAAGAACAACACACAUUCGAGUAGUAACGACAGCCCUUUUAGAUUAUCUGGUUUUCGUACGUGUACCAAGAUUUCAGGGCCGAUAAGGGUAUAUUUGGAAACUCGUGGCAAACUUCGGUCAAUAUAUUCACCGAGAGAUGGCAAGGAUACAGCUUCGCAUAGAUGUUUUCACGCGAAGAAACAGCCAGCAGCGCUUUACAUAGAAGCGGAGGAAUUUGUGUCGGGUGAACAUGAUGCAAGAUUGCAGUAUGAUUUAGAAUUACGAUACAUUGAUAGUCGACAGGGAUUGUCGCGACGAUUUAAUGACGAGGAAGAAGACUGUAGACCGUGUUCUAUGGAUGAACUGGCCAAGGCGUAUUGUCAAAGCGACUUCAUAGCCAGAGGUACAGUGAGUGCCGUCCAAAGACAACCGAAUUUGGAAGCUGCCGAACUUGUUCUUAGAGUAACAAAAAUUUUACGUCGAAUCGAAGAGAACGAGAAUAACAACGAUGCAGAUAUUACUGAUACCCAUGAUCGCAGAAAUGUUCGUGUAAGAGUGCCAACUGCCUGCGAUGCACGUCAUGGACAAGGCGAGUUUGUGAUAAUGGCUAAACGAAGACUUGGUGAUCUUAUUCUUGUUUGCGCACCAAGGAUAGAAACUUGGGCGAAGGCUGUCCGGGAAUUGGAAACUGCACCGUGUGUUCUUCAAAGUUAG